AAAGAAAAACAGCAACUCCCAUCCAGACCGAUCUUCCCUGCAUUGAGACAUUCGGUCUGGACCAAUCGCAACGAAUAGACCGACCAACCGAGAGCAAGGUGGAAUGGGGGUUUCUGCCUGACUGACUGAGGUGGCGCGCGCCCUAUUGCUGCCCUUGAAGUAUACAUCUGAAAACUGAAGCUGAAGCUGAAGCGGUCAACCAGCGAGAGCUAAAUAUAACUCAGCGGAUGAAUUGAUUGAUUGAUUGCAUGAUAACGAUAUAACCUCAACCUCAAGCUGGAUUUAAGUCCAGUCUAUCUGGUGCAGCCACGACUCAGUUCAACAACAACUAAAUACUAACUACUAUCAUCAUCAACUCAUAUAUCAACAACACAUUGCACCAAGCCAGUCGUCUACCCCAUCACAUUCACCAAUCCAAGCAAUAUUCCCCACACAUUCUACUACUCUACCCCAGAGAAAAAGAAAAAGAGAGAAAUGGCCGGAGUCCGCGUGUACCGUCGCAGACGCUACCACUGGCCCGAGUUACAGCUGAACAUCUGGCUGAUAAUCGUAUUAUCCGCCAACGCAAUCUGUCUGGGGAUUUUUGCGUGGUUCAUGUCUGUGCAGAAUGAGCUGCAUUUGGAUAUACCAUGGCUAUUCCCCUACAUGACCGUAACCUCAGCACUAGGCCUCUUCUUCAUAAUCCUAAUCUACGUGCUAACGGCCCAACGGUUCCUACUACCCGUGAUCAUCAUCGUGGGGAGCUUCAUCCUCUUCGCGCUGUGGCUGACGGGCCUGAUCGAGACGGCGCUGCAGAUGUACGGCAUCGUCGCCAACAUCGACAGUAACUGCCGGAAUUAUAUUCUCACCGGGUCGCAUCCGACCGGCGAUAAUAUUGAGACCUUGGCGUGGUUGACGGAGAGUACUAUUUGUAAUUGUUGGCGGACGGCGUUUGCGUUCGAAUUGAUUAAUACGAUUUUCUAUGCGUGGAUGAUGAUUAUGUCGUGGCAGGUGCAUCGGGAUAUUUAUCGGUGAGGUUAUUCCUGGGUUCUUAGGUACCUAGUAUCUAUGCUUCUUGGGUAAGAGGAAGAAAGAGAUGAGACGUGGAUGAGGAUGAGAAAAGGGAUUCUUUUAUGAUUGCAUGAAGAUGGAUGUGGAUUUUCCAUUGAUGAGAUGAGGCAUGAACUUACUGACCUACUCUGAUGUAUGAACAUUCGUAUGUAUACUUGAUUUAUUUUAUUUUUACCUGGUUGUCUUUCAUACACCAU